UUUGUCUCCCUCUCCCUCUCCCUCUCCCUCUCUCUCAGUAUAGUUUUGCUUCUUGUGCAGCGAACGUUCCCUUCCGCUUUCUUCUUCUUCUUCUUCAUUGGUCGUCCUGCAAUUACUUCUUGUUCUUCCCAUUCUUAUUCGUAUUGUGGCGCGCCCAUAUUCUCAGUUUUUCUUGGAUUUUGAGGACACCCCCACCCCUACACCCAUCUGGCAGUAAGUAAUUCGUAUGACUCAGUGGGAUUACGGAGACGCAGAUACCUGAAGUCAGAGGCAGGCAGUCAUUCAGCUAAAUGGCGAGUGUCAUAUUGACGUUUGCUCCUUGUAUUAGUACUAAUUGUACAAGGAAGUGCAGCCCAUCAAAGUGUUCCGUCCUCCUAGGAUACUAUGCCUCUUCUUGUACUCGUAAGAUGGAGGACAUUGUAGUAUCCUCUUACCAGCCUCGUCAUUGUCAUGGUCGGCUGAGUUUACAAUUUCGUAAGCCAAUCUUUCCUAGAGGCCAUUCGUCCUUCUUCUCUUCAACAGCUUGUCAAGCAAAACAAGGGGAUAGUGCCUUUAGUGGCGAAAACAUUACACUAGAUCAGCAAAUUUUAGAGCAGGAGCUCCAAAUUGCCAUUGAGGAGGAAAACUAUGCAAAAGCUGCAAAAAUCAGGGAUACACUACGUAGUAUUCAAGAGGAUAGCAAAGCAUCCAUGCUAGCAGCAAAUGCUGAAUUUUACAGAUCGUUUAAAAAUGGAGAUUUAUCUGCCAUGCAAGCUAUUUGGUCAAAAGGGGAUCAUGUUUGUUGUGUACACCCAGGUGUCCUUGGCAUAUCUGGUUAUGAAUCGGUCAUGGAUAGUUGGAUUCAUGUAUGGGGAGACUAUGAGUUCCCAUUGGAGAUUGAGCUGCGAGAAGUUAGAGUUCAUGUUAGAGGGGAUUUGGGCUAUGUAACUUGUGUGGAACUGGUUAAAACCAAAGGUAACAGUUGGGGAGGGCAGUUUGUGACUAAUGUGUUUGAGAGAAGUGAUGGUCGAUGGUUCAUCUGUGUCCAUCAUGCUUCACCUGUCGACUUUUGAAGAGUGUUCGCUAAAUUUUUUUGUUCAUUGGCAAAAUUGUCUAUUUCUGAUGGA